AUGGCCGACAAAGUCAACAUGUCUCUGGACGACAUCAUUCGGCUGAACCGGAGCCAGCGGGGCGGCCGCGGCGGGGGCAGGGACCGAGGCCGGGACCGAGGCCGGGCCGGCUCCCAGGGAGGCCGCAGUGGCGGAGCGCAAACCGCCGCACCAGUGAGCCGGGGCGGCGGGCCGUUCCGGAACCGGGCGGCCCUCGACCCAGGCAGGAACCGGCCGGCGCCCUACAGCAGGCCGCCGAGACAGCUUCCCGACGAGUGGCAACACGACCGCUUCCGCAGGGGCUUGGGCAGGGGCGCCGGCCCGGUGACCGGGGGGAAGCUGCUUCUGUCCAACCUGGCCUUCGGAGUGUCCGACGCGGACGUCCAGCAGCUGUUUGCGGAGUUCGGGCCUCUGAAGAAGGCCGGGGUCCACUACGACCGCUCCGGCCGCAGCCUGGGAACAGCCCACGUGCACUUUGCGCGGAAGGCAGACGCCCUGGAAGCCAUGAGACAGUACCACGGCGCCCCUUUGGAUGGCCGUCCCCUCAACAUCCAGCUCGUCACCUCGCAGAUACACACGCAGCGCAGGCCGGUGCACAGUGUCAACAGAGGCGGGGUGACUCCACACCGAGGAUCUGGAGGCUUUGGCGGCGGCGGCACGCCGAGUCGCGCCCGCGGAGGCAGCCGGGCUACAGGCAGGGGCACCGGACGCAAUUCAAAGCAACAGAUCUCUGCGGAGGAGUUGGACGCCCAGCUGGACGCUUACAACUCCAUGAGGAGCACCAAAAAGUUGGACGCCCAGGGGAACACUGGCAGCGCGCUGAGGGGCACCAAAAGGUUGGACUCCCAGAAGGACGCUUACAACCCGAUGAGGGGCACCGAGGAGUUGGACGCCCAGCUGGACGCUGACAACUCCACGAGGAGCACCAAAAAGCUGGACGCCCAGGUGAACACUGGCAGCGCGCUGAGGGGCACCAAAAAGUUGGACGCCCACAGGGACGCUUACACCGCAAUGAGGGGCACCAAAAGGUUGGACGCCCAGCUGAGCACCGGCGGUGCGAGGAGGGACACGGAGGAGAUGGACGCCCAGACGGACGCUUACAGCGGGAUGAGGGGCGCCGAGCAGCUGGGCCCCCAGAAGGACAAGGGCGCUUGCAGCGCGAUGUGGGGCGCCGAGCAGCUGGCCCCCCAGGAGGACGCUUACAGCCCGAUGAGGGGCGCCGAGCAGGUGGACCCCCAGACGGACGCUUACAGCGGGAUGAGGGGCGCCGAGCAGCUGGGCCCCCAGGAGGACAAGGACGCUUGCAGCGCGAUGAGGGGCACCGAGGAGUUGGAGGACGCCCUGCUGGACGCUUACGACACGGUGAUGGACACCGAGGAGUUGGAGGACGCCCUGCUGGACGCUUACGACACGGUGAUGGACACCGAGGAUUUGGACGCCCAGGUGGACGCUUACGACGCCGUGAUGGACACCACCUAA